AUGCUAAGUAGUAGUACUCUGAUGAUCGCCGUGUUUAAACGUGGUUUGGCCAUUCGUCAGGCGGUGAAAGGUGGAUUGGGGAGCCGUAACACUAAACUGGAUAAGAAUCUACCGCAGAUCCGUCGCAAGAAGGCAUGGGAGAAGGCUGGAGAGGAUAAAGAUUCAUGGUUUAGAAAGAAAUAUGCCCAUGUCCAUGCUAGGGAGAAAAAUUCUGGUGAUUUGUUUGGGAAGAAGAAAGCUCAUACUGAUAAACUGGCACAAAUUGACCAACAGACGAAGAAUGAGAGGCAAGAGCAUGAAAGGAAGUUUGAGAAACGAAGUGCUACACAGGGUCUAAGAGUAAACCCUUUGAUGGAGUAUGUUUAUGGUACAAAUGGUGUUCUGGCGGCUUUACAAGGUGGUAAGAGAGAAUAUUUUACUAGACUUCUGCAUCAUGGGCCUUUACCAACGACAAUUGCCCAGCUCGCAGAGAAGAACGAUAUCAAAGUGAUGGAAACGGACAAACAUAGGCUGAACUUGCUUACGAAUUAUGCGGUUCAUAACAGUGUUGUACUUGAGACUAAACCUCUGCAGCCAACUGAGAUCUCCCAUUUACAACUAUGCGAUCCAGAAGCGGGCAAAUUCCAGUACAGUGAGAUGAUUUUUGAUAAUGAAUAUAGCACACAUGACUUUAGGUACCUCGUCAACGAGAAGAAGAAGUUUCCUCUCGGGAUAUACCUUGAUGAAGUGGUCGACCCGCAUAAUAUCGGAGCGAUAAUAAGAAGUGCUUAUUUUCUGGGAGCCGAUUUUAUCGUGAUGUCGAGGAGAAACUGUGCCCCAUUGUCACCAGCAGUUUCGAAAACCAGCAGUGGUGCAGUGGAGUUGAUGCCGAUCUACCAUGUGGAUAAACCUCUUAACUUCUUCAGUAAGUCACAAGAGGAAGGUGGUUGGACAUUCGUGACCAGUUGUCUGACGAAUUCCGAUUCCAAAAUGAAAAAAUACAGUACGGGCAAGAUCCUCGAGAUGGGUGCUCUAAAUGGCCUAUGUCAAGAGCUCCCCGUCAUGUUAGUUGUCGGUAACGAAGGCAGCGGUGUACGAACAAACAUAAAGAUGAGAAGUGAUUUCUUUGUGGAGAUACCUUUUGGUCGGCAAAUACCUAAUAAAGAGACCCCAGUCGAUUCCUUGAACGUCAGUGUAGCUACUGCUUUAUUGCUAAGUAAUUUGCUCGGUGUUUAA